AUGCAUCUAAAGUGGAUCACCGGACUCCUGUUCCUGGGUAUUGCCCAAGCAGACAACGACAAGUCGGCUCUCGCGCAUCAAAAGGCAAGCCAACAUCAGACUGCCGCAGACCCUUACUCGCACAACCAAGCUCCUCCCCGCGGAGAGAAACUCAGUCGGCGAAAAUGGACCGUUACCUGCGACACCAGCCAAGAGGGUAACGAGUGUGAAAGGAUCCUCGACGACGACCUUAACUCUUUCUGGCUGUCAGAAGAUGAGAGUACAACCCAUGAAGUCAUUGUUGAUCUCAGCAGCGUUGAGAAUGUCCACGCCAUCUCUGUGGUGCCACGCCAGGACGGCAAUGCAGAUGGUCAAAUCGUCACCCACCAGGUGUUCGUGAGCGAAGACAAAGAAAAUUGGGGCGAACCAGUCGCAUUUGGCACAUGGUACGAGGGCGAUGGGGAGAAGCUUGCCAUCUUCGAGCCUAAGCAAGGCCAAUAUGUUCGCCUGGUGUCUCUCGGCACCAACCUUGCCAGUAUCUCGGCGCUGCAAAUUUACGACAUUGAUGACCCUCAACAGAUUGCCGACGGCGGUGUCUGGGGUCCUACAAUUGAUUUACCCAUCGUGGCUGUCUCGGGCGCUGUCAUCCCAGGAACAGGAGAGGUGCUUGUCUGGUCCUCAUGGGCAAAGGACGACUACCUCAACUCCCAACUGGGUGUCACACUUACUGCCAUUUGGAAUCCUGCCAACGGGUCAGUAACGCAGACCAAGAUUCAACACACACACCAUGACAUGUUCUGUUCCGGCAUGUCCUACGAUGGAAAGGGGGAACUACUCGUCACUGGUGGCAAUAAUGACCAGCUCAGCAGUCUCUUUGACCCUGCCUCUGACACCUGGACGGAGGGUCCUCUGAUGGCGCUUCCUCGUGGUUACCAAGCCUCCGCAACCAUCUCCGAUGGUCGUGUAUUCAUCAUUGGCGGCUCCUGGAACGGCGGCACGAAUGAAGACAAGAAUGGAGAGAUCUACGACCUUGAGAACGAUGAGUUUAGCAGGCUUCCUGGAGCCCUUGUGAAGCCCAUGUGGACAGAAGAUCGGGCUGCUGGCUACCGACGCGACAGUCACGGAUGGAUUUUCGGAUGGAAGAACGGAACUGUGUUCCAAGCCGGACCUAGCAAGAACAUGAACUGGUACUACACCGACGACAAGGGUGACCAGCAACCCGCAGGAACACGCGCCGACGCCGACGACUCCAUGUCCGGUAACGCAGUGAUGUUCGACUCUGUGAAUGGCAAGAUCAUCACAUUUGGUGGCUCGCCAUCUUACGAUCACUCCUAUGCCACCAAUGCCGCCUAUCUCAUCGAGAUCAACGAGCCCGGAUCCGAGCCCAAGGUGUCCGUGGCAAAGAACCCUUCCGGUGACGGCAUGGCCUACGCCCGAACAUACCAUACCUCAGUGGUCCUUCCCGAUGGUGGUGUCUUCACCACUGGUGGACAGACAUAUGGCGUCCCAUUCAACGACAGCAACGCACAGAUGACCCCCGAGCUGUACGAUCCCGAGGCCAACGAGUUCCGCGAGCAGCAACCCAACAGUAUUGUUCGUGUGUACCACAGUAUCUCUCUACUGCUUCCUGAUGGCCGUGUCUUCAAUGGUGGUGGUGGACUUGGAGCCUCUUCCCCCACCAACCACUUCGAUGCCCAGGUGUACACGCCUCAAUAUCUGCUGAAUGACGACGGAACACUCGCUACGCGUCCUUCCAUCGACAGUGUAGCCAAGAGUAGCCUCCGCGCCGGCGAUAAGAUCAGCAUCAGCACCAGCACCCAGUUCAGUCGAGCUUCUCUAAUCCGCUACGGUUCUACCACCCAUACCGUCAACACUGACCAGCGCCGCGUUGCCUUGGACUCGUGGACCGCCAAUGGAGACUUCUACGAGGCCACCCUCCCUGAGGAUACUGGUGCUCUUAUUCCUGGCCCUUGGAUGCUGUUCAUCUUGAAUGAGGCUGGUGUUCCUAGCGUGGCCGAGACCAUCCAUAUUGAGAUUUAA